AUGACCCUCACGAUUUCCCUCUGGCUAUUCUUCUCAAUCUUCAUCACCGUAUCGGCGAGGCCACUCGGCAGUGGGAACAGUCAACAAAAACCUUCACCGUACCCUUCGCCAAUCAAUAUCCUUCUUCCUUCUAACAGAGCGGAUAUUUGGGAUUUUGGGAGCGAAUUCUCAAACCUCUGUUCCCACUUGUAUCUGGAUAUCGAUAACCCGCUCGAACCUAGAUUCGUAGAUGCUAAAGUGGAGAGAACGUUGUUGAACGAUGAUUAUCAUCCAAAUGAAGCCCUGGCAAGCUGCAUCUACCAAUACCCCUCUGGCGAGAUGGUCCAACUUGCUCCGUUCGUAGCCGAAGAAUUACACUGUUUCACCCUUUCGCCGACGAACGUCAACAAAUUGAGGGAGGAGGUGAUUUCGAAGGAUAAGAAUCGAGGGAGUAAGGUGAAGUUCAGUAGGGACGUAUACUACGCGAACGAUAGAGAUACGAUGUCUUGA